AUGCCACCACUCGAACCCUCCCGAACAAAUACGAUUAGCCAAGCCACGCGCAGGAGGGGACCAUCGCCCGAAGAAUGGGACCGUGUGAAGCCUUUGAUCAAACGAUACUACAUCGUGGAGAAAAGAAGGUUGAAGGAUGUUCGUCUGCUACUGCUCGACGAACAUGGAUUCGAUGCGGCCAUACAUAAGCUCAAGACUAAGAUCACAGAAUGGGGCUUUAAGAAGAACUUCAAAAGACAAGAGCUUGAGGUGGCGGCAAAUGAAGCAAAUCGUCGCUCUGAACACGGCAUGACUCUCCCUUUCGAUAUCCAGAUCGAUGGGAGGCCUUGUGACUGGGACCGUGUCAACCGACACUACGGCAGAGUACACAAAGACUCCCGACUGCGAGAUACCUCCUCCUGGCAUGCUUUCCUCCCAAGAGUGGCCCUGAAGACCACACCUACGGACUACAACCUCGAACUCUCGCUGAAGGAAGUAAAAAGCUAUUGGGCCGUCGUGAUUGCUAAGGAUGAAAGCCGUGCUUCAGUGAGAGCGAGGCGCAACGCUUCGCUUACAAGACAUGAUCCUCAUAAUAUCGAAAUCGGGUUCUUCGGCGGACUCAAUCUUAUUGACCAAGGACACGCCAAACAAGGAUGGCAAGAAAUCAAUGAAAUGUGCGAGGCGGUGACUGAUGUCAUUAAAAUGCAGGAGCCUAGCCUUCUCUUGUCCAUUAUCAGCCUCUUUUCCGCCAGCCUUUGGGUCGACCAUCACGAUCUAUUCAUUCUCGUUGCGAAAUAUGUCCUUGCCGCGUGUGAUAUGCUGCUCAUGCGAUCACAUCCUAUAACGACGGUCUUGACGACGCUAAUCAGCUUGCCUCCUACGGCAGCUGUUGUUGAUGACUUUGCGGAAAUAGCGUAUCAGGUCAUGGUGGAUACUGUCACCGAGCACGGAGACCAAGUCAAGCUCGACCGCUACUACACUUAUUGCGCGGAAGAAUACCUCAUCAGCAAGAUCAAGUCAAGACUGGAGCGGCACGAGGCCUACGAACUCGUCUCCACGAAGCUUGCUCACUAUAAGCGAACGCUUGGGCCUCGGAGCAGACAUACAAUAUCCAUGCGAGCUCAGCUAGCGAAGAUGCACCUGAACGAUGCUCGCAAGGCACAGCCAGAAACCAGAGAGCGGAAAGAAGCCGAGAACAAAGGGAUGGAAAUACUACAUGAGAUUGUGAAGCAGGGAGAGAACUACCCCAACGACCGUUAUCGGAUUGGGACUUACUCCAUAGCUGCAGGAGACCUCGCACGAUUCUACUUUGGCAAGCAGGACUUCAGGAAUGCGCAGGUGUAUUACUGCAAGGCAGUCCUUUGGGGUGCUGAGAAAUUCGGUCGGAUGCAUUCACACGUCUCGCUUGUCCUUCGCGAGUUCAGAGCCCUUCAGAGGAUGGCAGAGCUUGACAUUGAUAUUGAAGUGGAGACGGCAUACAAGCCAGUGCCAAACGCAGCGGAAGACCGAUCUCAAGAGAGCCAUUCGAGAACGGUCGAUAAUGGCAUAGGCGACGUGCAGGGCGGUAAUCUUGGCAAUCCUAGCUUCGAAGAGUCUUGCCUCGAAGCUGAAACUCUUCUUGAAGGUGGUCUGUUCACUACUCCCACUAUUCAGUGUGAGCAGACAUUAAAUAACGGCAUGAUUGUGUCCGACUUAUUCGACAGGCCUUUGGAUGUCCUCGAUCAGGGUUCUCUAAGCCGCAUGGUGCCAGGUCAAUUAUUGGAUGACCAUCCAGGAGUCAUCAGCGACUCGCAGUCACCAGUCCUCGAAAUCACGCAAGACGAUGCAGUAUUCCAUGGGACUGCAACUACUUCAGACCUGGUCUUCUUCAGUUCGGGUCCAGAGGAUUCUGAGUCAUUAAUCGUCAGCAACACGCAGUCAUCAAUGCCCGAUGUUCCACAGGACAUCGCAAUGUUCGAUGAGGUUGGGAAUCCUUUCACCGAUGUCUUGUUCGGAUCUUAUCUAGAUGAUCCUGAUGGGGGAUAUAUGCAUCAGGAUCGAGUUGACCAGCUUUUCGAAGAGUGUUAG